GUGAUGCAGCCCUGAGGAUGCGCGAGGUGCCGGCACCCCUUCAUCUAGCCUACGGGGGGCGCUCGGAGCAGCGCCAUCGCUAGCGCGGCCUGAGGGCCCCCGGAAGCCCCGAUCGCUGGGCUCCAGGCCCCGCGCGGUCCCCUUUCCCCUCCCGCCUACCCUGGGCCCCGGGACGCGGACCCCCUGCAGGGACGCGCAGACUCAAGGAGUGGCACCGGGGCACCGGCGCGACGGCCGCAGCAGCAGCAGCAGGUGCGCGGCCUGGGCAGGAGCCGCGGGCCGGAGAGGGAGCGGCCCUUAUCCAGGGUACCGGAGACACCUGCAGCGGCCGCGAGCCUGGCGGUGGCGACAUCCCGGCGCCCAGAGGAGAAUACGGAAACUGCAGCCAUGACCACCCACGUGACCCUGGAAGAUGCCCUGUCCAAUGUGGACCUCUUGGAAGAGCUGCCCCUCCCCGACCAGCAGCCAUGCAUCGAGCCUCCACCUUCCUCCAUCAUGUACCAGGCUAACUUUGACACAAACUUCGAGGACAGGAACGCAUUUGUCACAGGCAUUGCAAGGUACAUUGAGCAGGCGACGGUCCACUCCAGCAUGAAUGAAAUGCUGGAGGAAGGGCACGAGUAUGCAGUCAUGCUGUACACCUGGCGCAGCUGUUCCCGGGCCAUCCCCCAGGUGAAAUGCAAUGAGCAGCCCAACCGAGUGGAGAUCUAUGAGAAGACAGUGGAGGUGCUGGAGCCAGAGGUUACCAAGCUCAUGAAGUUCAUGUAUUUUCAGCGUAAGGCCAUUGAACGGUUCUGCAAUGAGGUGAAGCGACUGUGCCAUGCCGAGCGGAGGAAGGACUUUGUCUCUGAGGCCUACCUCCUGACCCUGGGCAAGUUCAUCAACAUGUUCGCCGUCUUGGACGAGCUGAAGAAUAUGAAGUGCAGCGUCAAGAACGAUCACUCUGCCUACAAGAGGGCAGCACAGUUCCUGAGGAAGAUGGCAGACCCCCAGUCUAUCCAGGAGUCGCAGAACCUUUCCAUGUUUCUGGCAAACCACAACAGGAUCACCCAGUGUCUUCAUCAGCAACUGGAAGUGAUCCCCGGCUACGAGGAGCUGCUGGCUGACAUUGUCAACAUCUGCGUGGAUUACUAUGAGAACAAGAUGUAUCUGACCCCCAGUGAGAAGCACAUGCUCCUCAAGGUAAUGGGUUUUGGUCUCUACCUGAUGGAUGGCAAUGUCAGUAACAUUUACAAACUGGAUGCCAAGAAGAGAAUCAACCUCAGCAAAAUCGAUAAAUUCUUUAAGCAGCUGCAGGUGGUGCCCCUUUUCGGCGACAUGCAGAUAGAGCUGGCCAGAUACAUUAAGACCAGUGCUCACUAUGAAGAAAACAAGUCCAAGUGGACGUGCACCCAGAGCAGCAUCAGCCCCCAGUACAACAUCUGCGAGCAGAUGGUGCAGAUCCGGGAUGACCAUAUCCGCUUCAUCUCUGAACUUGCUCGCUACAGCAACAGUGAGGUGGUGACAGGCUCCGGGCUAGAUAGCCAGAAGUCGGAUGAGGAAUACCGCGAGCUCUUUGACCUGGCGCUGCGGGGCCUGCAGCUUUUAUCCAAGUGGAGCGCCCACGUCAUGGAGGUGUACUCCUGGAAGCUGGUUCACCCCACCGACAAGUUCUGCAACAAGGACUGUCCUGGCACGGCUGAGGAGUACGAGAGGGCCACGCGCUACAACUACACCAGCGAGGAGAAGUUUGCCUUCGUCGAGGUGAUCGCCAUGAUCAAAGGCCUGCAGGUGCUCAUGGGCAGGAUGGAGAGCGUCUUCAACCAGGCCAUCAGGAACACCAUCUACGCGGCCCUGCAGGACUUUGCCCAGGUGACACUGCGGGAGCCCCUGAGGCAGGCGGUGAGGAAAAAGAAGAAUGUCCUUAUCAGUGUCCUGCAGGCAAUUCGGAAAACCAUCUGUGACUGGGAAGGGGGCCGAGAGCCCCCCAAUGACCCGUGCUUGAGAGGGGAGAAGGAUCCCAAAGGUGGAUUUGACAUCAAGGUGCCCCGGCGUGCCGUGGGGCCCUCCAGCACACAGGCCUGCCAGUGGUCCCCGCGGGCUUUGUUUCACCCCACUGGUGGCACACAGGGCCGAAGAGGCUGCCGAUCCCUGCUGUACAUGGUACGGACCAUGCUCGAAUCGCUCAUCGCAGACAAGAGCGGCUCCAAGAAGACCCUGAGGAGCAGCCUCGAUGGCCCCAUCGUCCUCGCCAUCGAGGAUUUCCACAAGCAGUCCUUCUUCUUCACGCACCUGCUCAACAUCAGCGAAGCCCUGCAGCAGUGCUGCGACCUCUCCCAGCUCUGGUUCCGAGAAUUCUUCCUGGAGUUAACCAUGGGCCGGAGAAUCCAGUUCCCCAUUGAGAUGUCCAUGCCCUGGAUUCUAACGGACCAUAUCCUGGAAACCAAAGAACCUUCCAUGAUGGAGUACGUCCUCUACCCGUUGGAUCUGUACAAUGACAGCGCCUACUAUGCUCUGACCAAGUUUAAAAAGCAGUUCCUGUACGAUGAGAUCGAAGCCGAGGUGAACCUGUGUUUUGAUCAGUUUGUCUACAAGCUGGCAGACCAGAUCUUUGCUUACUACAAAGCCAUGGCCGGCAGUGUCUUGUUGGAUAAACGUUUUAGAGCCGAAUGUAAGAACUAUGGAGUCAUCAUUCCGUACCCGCCGUCCAACCGCUAUGAAACGCUGCUGAAACAGAGACAUGUCCAGCUCUUGGGUAGGUCAAUUGACUUGAACAGACUCAUUACCCAGCGCAUCUCUGCUGCCAUGUAUAAAUCCUUGGACCAGGCUAUCAGCCGCUUUGAGAGUGAGGACCUGACCUCCAUUGUGGAGCUGGAGUGGCUGCUGGAGAUCAACCGGCUCACGCACCGGCUGCUGUGUAAGCACAUGACCCUGGACAGCUUCGACGCCAUGUUCCGGGAAGCCAACCACAACGUGUCGGCCCCCUAUGGCCGCAUCACCCUGCACGUCUUCUGGGAGCUGAACUUUGACUUCCUCCCCAACUACUGCUACAAUGGGUCCACCAACCGUUUUGUCCGAACUGCCAUUCCUUUCACUCAAGAACCGCAAAGAGAUAAACCGGCCAACGUCCAGCCUUAUUACCUCUAUGGGUCCAAGCCUCUUAACAUUGCCUACAGCCACAUCUACAGCUCCUACAGGAACUUCGUGGGGCCCCCUCACUUCAAGACCAUCUGCAGACUCCUGGGUUACCAGGGCAUCGCCGUGGUCAUGGAGGAACUGCUGAAGAUCGUCAAGAGCUUGCUCCAAGGAACCAUUCUCCAGUAUGUGAAAACACUGAUUGAAGUGAUGCCCAAGAUAUGCCGCUUGCCCCGGCACGAGUAUGGCUCCCCAGGGAUCCUGGAGUUCUUUCACCACCAGCUGAAGGACAUCAUCGAGUAUGCAGAGCUCAAAACAGACGUGUUCCAGAGUCUGAGGGAAGUGGGCAAUGCCAUCCUGUUCUGCCUGCUCAUAGAGCAAGCUCUGUCUCAGGAGGAAGUCUGUGAUUUGCUCCACGCUGCACCCUUCCAAAAUAUCUUGCCGCGAGUCUACAUCAAAGAGGGGGAGCGUCUGGAGGUCCGGAUGAAACGCCUGGAAGCCAAGUAUGCCCCGCUUCACCUGGUCCCCCUGAUAGAGCGGCUGGGGACUCCUCAGCAAAUCGCCAUCGCUCGGGAGGGUGACCUGCUGACCAAGGAGCGUCUGUGCUGCGGCCUGUCCAUGUUUGAGGUCAUUCUGACCCGCAUUCGAAGCUACCUGCAGGACCCCAUCUGGAGGGGCCCACCACCCACCAACGGCGUCAUGCACGUUGACGAGUGUGUGGAAUUCCACCGGCUGUGGAGUGCCAUGCAGUUCGUCUACUGCAUUCCCGUGGGGACCAACGAGUUCACAGCUGAGCAAUGUUUUGGUGAUGGCCUGAACUGGGCUGGCUGCUCCAUCAUCGUCCUGCUGGGCCAACAGCGUCGCUUCGACCUGUUCGACUUCUGUUACCACCUGCUGAAAGUACAGAGGCAGGACGGGAAGGAUGAAAUCAUUAAGAAUGUGCCCCUGAAGAAAAUGGCAGACAGAAUCAGGAAGUACCAGAUCUUGAACAAUGAGGUUUUUGCCAUCCUGAACAAGUACAUGAAGUCCGUAGAGACAGACAGUUCCACCGUGGAGCACGUGCGCUGCUUCCAACCACCCAUCCACCAGUCCCUGGCCACCACCUGCUAGGCCGACGGUCCUGCAAACCCUCAACCUGGGGGAGGAGAAGCAGCAGGAGAGAGAAAGCCACAGCCACAGCCCUGCAACAGGGUCCAACUGG